CUGCUCCACCUCUGCGAGCCAGGAAAAGGCACCGACCCACACUUCGGGUCCUUUCUCCGGUCCCUGUUCGAACGUGUCGGACCCUCGCUUACCGGACCGGCUCUUUGUUACCACAGCGCGCCCCCCUCCCCCCUCCUCUGCGAGAGAGAGAGAGAGAGAAAAGGGGAGUUUUUUAUUUCUUCUUCCUUGAACCGGAUUGAUUGCGGACUGAAUCUGGAUUGUUUCCUUCCUCUUCGGGGAAACGGGGUUCGCUGCGGGACCAGAGUCGAGUCCAACAAACCGGUUUAAGACGUCGGAACAAAACAGAAAAGGGGCACGUUGGAAAGACCUUUUUGCUCCCCCCCCCUCGCCCCUCCUCGCCCCCCCCCCAUCCGGGUUUGUCAUUCAUUUUUUCCACCGCUGCGGUGUCAAGUUUGAGCCCUGCUGGGGAAUGGACGAACCCCUCUAAAAAAAAAACCUCCGCCUCCCCGACCGACACCGCCCGCAGGACAGGACUCGACCAAGGACCCCCCCCCACCCGAGCGGAGUGACCACAACAUGUUUACUCCCGUGUUUCCAUGGUAACCCGAGCGGAGCACGCACGUCCGGGUCAGGAGUUAACCACAAUACCCACAAUUCCUGUGAACUGAGCGCCCGGUCUGACGCUAAAAAUCGAAUCAAAUAGAAACACUUGAGAGGAAUAAGGAACUUGGGAAAAACAACAACAGCAAAGACCCCGCCGUGAAGAGGACCAACAUGGCCAACAACACGGCGGACCACCCUGCGGGGAACUCGGUCGCAGAGGGCAACCAUGACGGGGACUUUGGGGUGACCGUGAUGGAUCUGAGGGAGCUGAUGGAGCUGCGGAGCGCGGAGGCGGUCGGCAAGAUACAGGAAGCGUACGGAGACGUGCAGGGCAUCUGCCGGCGCCUGAAGACGUCGCCCAUAGAAGGUCUGUCCGGUAACCCCGUGGAUUUGGAGAAACGCCACGCCUCGUACGGCCAGAACUUCAUCCCCCCCAAGAAGGCCAAGACCUUCCUGCAGCUGGUGUGGGAGGCCCUGCAGGACGUCACGCUCAUCAUCCUGGAAAUCGCUGCCAUCAUCUCGCUGGGCCUGUCCUUCUACCAUCCACCAGGGGGCAACAGUGAAGCAUGCGGCGAGGUCGCAGGCGGCGUGGAGGACGAGGGCGAGUCCCAGGCCGGCUGGAUCGAGGGCGCCGCCAUCCUGUUCUCGGUCAUCAUCGUCGUCCUGGUGACGGCCUUCAACGACUGGUCCAAGGAGAAGCAGUUCCGCGGGCUGCAGAGUCGCAUCGAGCAGGAGCAAAAGUUCACCGUCAUUCGCAAAGGCCAGGUGAUCCAGAUCCCCGUGGCCGAGAUGGUGGUGGGAGACAUCGCUCAGAUCAAAUACGGAGACCUGCUGCCCGCUGACGGGAUCCUGAUCCAAGGCAACGACCUGAAGAUCGACGAGAGCUCCCUCACCGGGGAGUCCGACCAAGUCCGAAAGUCUCUGGAGAAGGACCCCAUGCUGCUGUCCGGGACCCACGUGAUGGAGGGAUCCGGCAGGAUGGUGGUGUCGGCCGUUGGCCUCAACUCUCAAACCGGCAUCAUCUUCACUCUGCUGGGCGCCGGCGACCACGACGAAGAGAAGAAGGUCAAGAAAAGUAAAAAACAAGGACCCCCCGAAAAUCGCAACAAAGCAAAAACCCAGGACGGCAUCGCCCUGGAGAUCCAGCCGCUGAAGAGCGACGAGGCCGCCGAUUCGGAGGAGAAGGAGGAGGUCAAGGCUGUGAAGAAGGUCAACGUGACAAAGAAGGAGAAGUCGGUGCUUCAGGGCAAACUGACCAAACUGGCGGUGCAGAUCGGGAAGGCCGGACUGAUCAUGUCGGCCGUGACCGUCAUCAUCCUCAUCCUCUUCUUCGUGAUCGACAACUUCGGGAUCCAGGGUCGCUCAUGGGUGGCCGAGUGCACCCCCAUCUACAUCCAGUACUUCGUCAAGUUCUUCAUCAUCGGCGUGACGGUGCUGGUGGUGGCCGUUCCCGAGGGGCUGCCGCUCGCCGUCACCAUCUCUCUGGCCUACUCGGUCAAGAAAAUGAUGAAGGACAACAACCUCGUGCGUCACCUGGACGCCUGCGAGACGAUGGGCAACGCCACGGCCAUCUGCUCGGACAAGACGGGCACGCUGACCAUGAACCGCAUGACGGUGGUGCAGGCCUAUCUCGGCGACACGCACUACAGGACCGUCCCCGAACCCGACGCCAUCAAGCCGGAGACCCUGGAGAUCAUGAUCAACAGCAUCGCCAUCAACUCGGCCUACACCACCAAGAUCCUGCCUCCGGAGAAAGAGGGCGGCCUGCCUCGCCACGUGGGAAACAAGACGGAGUGCGCCCUGCUGGGCCUGGUGCUGGAGCUGAAGAAGGACUACCAGCCAAUCAGAGACGAGAUCCCAGAAGAGAAGCUCUACAAGGUUUACACCUUCAACUCCGCCCGCAAGUCCAUGAGCACGGUGCUGAAGAACGCCGACGGAGGCUACCGCAUGUACAGCAAAGGAGCCUCGGAGAUCGUCCUCAGAAAAUGCUCCAGUAUCCUCGACGCCCAGGGCCAGCCUCGCAACUUCAAGCCCAAGGACCGUGACGAGAUGGUGAAAAAGGUGAUCGAGCCGAUGGCGUGCGACGGUCUGAGGACCAUCUGCGUGGCCUAUAGGGACUUCCCCGCCGCGGCCGGAGAGCCCGACUGGGAGAGCGAGAACGACAUCCUGAACGACCUCACCUGCAUCGUCGUGGUCGGCAUCGAGGACCCCGUGAGACACGAGGUGCCCGAGGCCAUCGCCAAGUGCCAGCGCGCGGGCAUCACCGUGCGCAUGGUCACCGGGGACAACAUCAACACGGCCCGCGCCAUCGCCACCAAGUGCGGCAUCCUGCUGCCCGGAGAGGACUUCCUGUGCAUGGAGGGCAAGGAGUUCAACCAGCUGAUCAGGAACGACCAGGGAGAGGUGGAACAAGAGCGUCUGGACAAGGUGUGGCCCAAGCUGCGGGUCCUGGCUCGCUCCUCUCCGACGGACAAGCACACGCUGGUGAAAGGUAUCAUCGACAGCCUGGUGGGGGAGACCCGGCAGGUGGUGGCGGUGACGGGCGACGGCACCAACGACGGCCCGGCGCUCAAGAAAGCCGACGUUGGCUUCGCCAUGGGAAUCGCCGGCACAGACGUGGCCAAGGAGGCGUCCGACAUCAUCCUGACCGACGACAACUUCACCAGCAUCGUCAAGGCCGUGAUGUGGGGGAGGAACGUCUACGACAGCAUCUCCAAGUUCCUGCAGUUCCAGCUGACUGUGAAUGUGGUGGCCGUGAUCGUGGCCUUCACCGGCGCCUGCAUCACGCAGGACUCCCCUCUGAAGGCCGUCCAGAUGCUGUGGGUGAACCUCAUCAUGGACACUCUGGCGUCCCUGGCUCUGGCCACCGAGCCGCCCACCGAGUCGCUCCUGCUGCGCCGGCCGUACGGCCGCAACAAGCCGCUCAUCUCCCGGACCAUGAUGAAAAACAUCCUGGGCCACGCCGUGUACCAGCUGGUCAUAAUCUUCACGCUGCUCUUCGCCGGCGAGAAGAUCUUCAACAUCGAUAACGGACGCAACAGUCCGCUGCACUCGCCGCCGUCCGAGCACUACACCAUCGUGUUCAACGUGUUCGUUAUGAUGCAGCUCUUCAAUGAGAUCAACGCCAGGAAGAUCCACGGGGAGAGGAACGUGUUCGAGGGCAUCUACAGGAACCCCAUCUUCUGCAGCGUGGUGCUGGGGACCUUCGCCCUGCAGAUCGUCAUAGUUCAGUUCGGAGGGAAGCCGUUCUCCUGCACGGCUCUGACCAUCGACCAGUGGCUCUGGUGCGUGUUCAUCGGCGUGGGAGAGCUCCUCUGGGGACAGCUGAUCUCCGCCGUCCCGACCCACCGCCUGAAGUUCCUGAAGGAAGCCGGUCACGGCACCACCAAGGAGGAGAUGCACGAGGAGGAGAUGACGGAGGGCGCCGACGAGAUCGACCACGCCGAGAUGGAGAUGAGGAGAGGCCAGAUCCUCUGGUUCAGAGGUCUGAACCGAAUCCAGACGCAGAUGGAUGUGGUCUAUACCUUCCAGACGGGCCAGGCCCCGGUGCCCGGCGCCCUGCGCCGCCAGCCCUCUGUCGUCAGCCAGCACAAUGACAUUAAGGUGGUGAACGCGUUCCGUAGCUCCCUCUACCCGAUGGAGAGCCCAGAGUCCCGUAGCUCCAUCCACAGCUUCAUGUCCCACCCCGAGUUUGUCCCGCAGUCCGAGGAGGAGGCUCGCACCGUCACCGAGGAGGCCGACCCCCUCCCCAGCGCCUCCUCCGGGGCGGGGGGAGGAGGAGACCCGCCCGCCGCCUUCCCACGGGGCCACGAGUCAUCCAUCUGAGCUGCCCCCUCCUCCUCCUCCUCCCUCCUCUUCAUCAGCAUCAUCUGUCAUCCCACCAACUGAACUGCCGCACUUAGGAUGGAAGUCGCGCCGCAUCCCGUCAUUCUGCACGCACACGCAACACGCUUCACAUCGUCUUCGCCCCCCCUCAGUCAUUUCCACCACGUUGCGUCUUUCAUACUGACUGUGGCAUCGUUCUGCCUGUAAGUUUGUUCCUCCACCAACAUCACGCACACACACACACACACACACACACACACACGUGCAUCAGAGGGCGGAGUCCCUCCCUCUUUGUCGGUUCGUGUCUGUUUUCUACUCGACGAUCCCUUUGGAAAAGCUUUGUGGCUGCGUUGGGACUCGCAGCAGCACGCCGCGUUCCCGCUCAAAAGACGGCACAGAACUUGUCGGCGAGCGCCGUGUACAUAAAGGCCCCCCCCCUCCCCCCCACGCGGCUCACAGCGGGGGGGGGGAUUGGGGCGUCCAGUGAUCACAAGAUUUUUAAGGCAAUUGCAAAAAUGUAACCUUUUUUGUUUGUUUUGUUGUUAUUUUUUUUGUUUUGUCUGACGAAUGUUAAUCGACGGUCGAUCCGGGCGCCCGAGAAUGUCAACUGUUAAAAGAAAUGUUCUUCCCUUUGUCGAGUGUGGAUGUGUCUGCUUUCCCUUUGGUUUUCGGCUGCGUUGCAUGCGGGAGGACAGAAUGGCUCUCUGCUUAGUGGGGGGGUCGGACCUCAUCUCAUCCAGUCAGGGUUCUGGUCUCUGGUUCUCUCUGACCCCCCCCCCCCCCCCCCCCACCCCCCCACCACGUCCAGAGUGACGAUAGGAUAGGAUGCAUGUUACGUUUCACUCGUGUUGAUCCGCAUGAUCUUUUAGGAAUGAAUAAACCACACGUGCGCGUCGAUCUGCAGCGGCGCCUAUUCAGAGCGACUUUGACUUCCUGUCCGUAAGGGAUUCCACUUCCUGUUAGCACAACUUCAGUUCAGAAGCCGGACCGGACCAGCCCCCCCCCCCCCCACCCUCCCGCCCCUCUUCUGACAGGCUAGUAUCAAAUAAGACCAAUCAAAAGUUACAACCUGUGACCGUGCCACUGUGAGGCGACGCCCCCCCCCCAACCCCCCCCGCUAAGCACUGCCCCACUGUGCCGCCAAGUGUAAUUUGGGUUUAGCUCACUUUCCAACCACUUACUGCCAUUCAUCCCUUUGUCUCGUCAAAAUAAAAGUCCCGCUUUAAUCCUGGAGUUCAGUCCAUUUCGCUGCUCAUUGGCACCUGAGUGACGCCGAGCUGAGAACGCCACCCGGGGCUUAAUUCCACUUCUCCUGGAGGCAGGAUGUAGAAUCCUCGCCGUGUGUUGUGGGUCCGCCUGCGGUACCGAUGAGUCACAGUGCGGGACGUUGGGUCCGAACAGACAGGAAGUUGAUGGGUCUCUGAACAGAGAACAUGGAGCCUUGUUUCCCCCGUUUGUCGUAAAUGAAACCGAUGGCGUCCCACGGCCAGCCGCCAAGGAGAUGUUUGAUCAUCACCAGAAUCCUCGUCAUCACGCGCCCCCUCCCACUGUGUUUGAUCGGGGGGCCGAGGGGGGGGAUUGAUGAUGUCAGCAGUGAGCCUGGUAAUUCCUGCACUUCACUGUCCCUAAAAGAGGAAGGAAUCCCCUUCCAGCCAGAAGCAGCGAUGUGUGUACCCCCCCUCUUCAACCCGUGUGCUACUACUGCCAUAUUUCCAACGUUUAAUCAUGACUAGCCCCCCCCCCUCUGAUGAUCUUUUUCUAUGUAACUCAGAGCCAUAUUUUAUAGGUUGUCUGUAUUGUUUUUUUUAUCUCAUUGUUAUUGAGGUUUCCUUUGGGCUUUCUCAAUCCUGACCCCCCCCCAUCCCCCCGCCCCGGCCCUUUACUUCCAACACGACCAAAAAGCAAGCAGAAAAUCUUCAGUCGUCACUGCCGAACCGAGUUUAAAGGACCUCUACAAUGUUUACAUGAAAAAGCAAGUGUGUGGCAGUCGGGCCGCUCUUCUCUCAUUCGACCCCCCCGCCGCCCCCCCCCACCCUUUCAUUCCCUUGCUUUUCCAAGUCUUACUACAGGAAUGGGGAAUCUUUCUUGCAUGGUUUUCAUAUAAAAUUCAAUGUUUUGCUCAUUUUUUACAACUCUUCUGUAUUUUUAUAUUAAGUACUUUUUAAUAUUUUGGAGAUAUAUGAAUAUAUAUAUAUAUAUGUAUAGGCUGAAGAGUUUGGUGACAGUACAGUACGUGAAUGAGAUGGAUCUAACGUGGACUAACUCUUUUUACAGCUCUAAUAUUUAUGCCACGUGUGUCGUCUUGGUCACCCGACGUUAGGGCUCAGAAACCUGCAGUGACUUGUUUACUUCCUGUCGGCCGCUCAAUUGGAAACCCAACCGUCUAGUCUCAUCAGCCCCCUUUUCAUUCACUUUAUCUAAGAUGUUGUGACACACUACACGCUAUGUGAUUCCGCAGUUCUCCGACUACAUUCGAGUGCAGCCGAUGCAACAUGAAUACAGCUAACUGUAUCAAACAUUAAAUGGGAGUGAAUAAUUAUUUAUCCAACCUCUGGGUUUCUUUCUCUCUGUACUUUGAAGCGACUACGACUGGUUUGUUUGAAUGAAUGGACUGACGGGCUCUCGAAGAGGGUUGACAGCUUUGAAGCGGUGUCAGGCCCCGCCCCCUUUUGGAGGGGCCGGGGCCUCCCAAAAGGGGGCGGGGCCUGUUGAGCAAACAACCUGAUGAACAAAAUCGUGCUGGCCCAAAUCGUAAGAAGAGCUGAUGGGUCGCUCUGAUCAUCCUCCAGGUCUUUGAAGUGGACCCCGUGAAAAGAAAAUUCAUGAAUCUAUGAAAACGAAAUUCACAAUAAACGGUAGAAAAGGAUUUGUCCUCAGUUCAGAUGCAGUUCAAAGGGAGUAAAACCCCCAACAAUAGAACUGUAAAGUAUGUGAUUCCCUCAGCAAAUAGUUUGAGACUGAAUAGAAAAAAAGAUCUGAACCCGGCUAGAAUCCAGUUGAGCUGACAUGGGCCCCAAACUCAACUCAACAGCUGACUUCCUGUGUCAAGGGGGGCGGGGUCUAAUUGAGUUAAUAAAGGCCGGGGCGGUUUCAUUUCAGCCCAAAGAACAAAAGGACUUCUUUUUAUUUAGACAUGAAAUCUGGACAUUUAAAGGAGGCAGAGCCGGAGUCUUUGAGGAAGCCUUCCUCAAAAACAGCGCUACCGUGACAUCACUUCCUCUUCCCGCCGUGUGCCUGUUGGCUCCAGUCGGUGACGCGUUGGUUUUUGUGGUUGAACUGAUGAACAGUUGUGCUCCUGCAGCAGGUUCGAUGUAAAUAUGGUCAUAUAAGGGGUGAGGGGGUACCUGCUGCACUGACAGAUAGUGGGAGGGAGAGGGGCAGCAAUCAGCCAAUCAUCACCCAGCGAAGCUUUGAGGCUGUUCUGCCAAAGUCGUUUCUUUUCUUCUUCUUUUGUUUUCAUGAAGUCACACAUCCCCCCCACCCCUCCCCCCACCCUCCCUGGAUAAGAUUGUCCCUCAGUUGAGUCGCCUCACAUCUCACACCGGGUGCACAGUACCGGGCCGCCAUCAGAGAUCAGCAGGCGGGACUCUCGCCUCUCAUCCAGACGUUUUGGACCACCUCCUCCUCCUCAGAGCCCCGCCUCUUUUCUUCAGAACAGCUUCCUGUUGUCGGAUCUAAAGCGACUCUGUGGAGAACUUUUACGUCGGCUUCAACAAUCCCAAAAAAAGGAAGGAAAAAAAGUUUCAAACAGACUGGAAUAUCACAGUUGGAAAAGUCAUAACCACUCAACAUAUAUAUCUAUAUAUUUAUAUAGCAUCUCUAUGUAUUUAUAUCUAGUAUAAUUACACGUGUGUGUGUGUGUGUAUAUUGGAUACAAAUACAUAGAUGUGUAUAUGUAUAUGGUUUCUCAGUUGAACUUAACUGCAAAAAAGACUGAAAAAAGAUUUGUUUUCUGUAAUUACUCUGAUACACAGUAAUAGGCUGUUGGUGUUAUUUUUGUAUAAACAUAAUAUCAUCUAUGUGGCAUGCAUGACAUAUAUACAACAAUUUGGUGGUUUAAAGCAAUAUGUCCAACAUGCGAUUGGUGCGAUUGGUUCUGUCGUGUUUUGUGUAGCCUAAAGCCACUCCAUGCGAAAACGUAUGUGUGUGUGUAUAUAUAUAUAUAUAUACACAUAUAUAAAAAAAACAAAAAGAAACUGCAUUUGGAUAAAACUAACUGUUGAGUAUACGUGUUCAAUGUUCUGUGUUCUGCAUGUUUUAGUAUGGAAUGAAACAUCCCAAAAAUGUGGACUUGUUUUUACCAAAUGAAUCUCAAAUACAUGCCCCCAAACACGUGCAACAUUGCACACAUGCACACACACAGACACACACACAGACGCUCCUGUAUUCACACUGUGAGGUGAAACACGCUGAUCAAAUUAAAACCGUGUGACUUCUGAUGGAUGGAUUGAUGAAAGAUGGAAGAUUGUUCUUUUCUUUUUUUUUCGUCGUCUCAUUUAUUCAGAAACUGAAUAACUUUGUCCAUCAUCCUCCCAAACACAGACACACACACACACACACGCACGGACAAACACUGAGAUUUACUGACGGUCCUGAACUCAUCACUCACUCACCUGUGCCGUGAGGAGGAGACGACAACAGGCCUGAAACCUUCAGGUGGGCCUCUGUUCAUCGGGUGUCACCAUCUCACCAAUCACAUCCAUUGAUGUCUGUGAUCCAUCAUCCUCCGGAGAGUCUCUGCUGAUUCCAGCUUUUAGGAAAAUGGAGUUUGUUUGAAAAGCGCCUGAUCGCGUCUGAGCAGGACCGAUGUUUGUUAUAAAUAUGUCGGCUGAUUGGACAAAACUUGAGUUUGUGCAUUGGCGAGUUUAUUUUGGCCCGGUGGUGAACAUGGCUGCAACUAAAACAUUCAGUUUAUCUUCAUGUGCGACGAAUAAACGCAACACAUCUUCUCAUUUGAAGUGAA